UUCAGACUGUAGUGGGCACAAUCCAUGUGCAGUGUUAUUUGAGACAGAUGACAGGGUGUUCACUUCAGCUGUUAACCGAGCUUGCAGCUCUAACUGACUUCCUUCUAUCUCCACCACAAUGGCACCCACUGAAGAGGAAAGUACUGUAGACGAGAAGGACAAUAACAAAAAGAAAACCAUAGGUGCUUUUGCGACAGCAUGGCUUGCCUUUUACAAUAUUGCCAUGACUGCUGGGUGGCUGGUAUUAGCUGUGGCAAUGAUCCGGUUUUACAUAGAGAAAGGAACACACAAGGGUCUGUAUGGAACCAUUCAAAAGACUCUCAAAUUUUUCCAGACAUUCGCUUUGCUUGAGAUUAUCCAUUGUGCGGUUGGUAUAGUCCGCACUUCUGUGCUUGUCACAGGGGUCCAAGUCAGUUCAAGAAUCUUUAUGGUGUGGUUUAUUGCCAAUAGUAUAAAACAGAUCCAGAAUGAGACAAGUGUCAUUAUUUUCCUGGUUGUGUGGACAGUGACUGAGAUAACCCGAUAUUCCUACUACACAUUCAAUCUGCUGAACCAUUUGCCAUACUUCAUUAAAUGGGCCAGGUACAACUUAUUCAUUAUCUUGUACCCCGUUGGAGUGGCUGGUGAACUCCUGACUAUUUAUGCAUCCUUACCAUACGUGCAGAAAUCAGGCAUGUACUCACUGAGACUUCCUAACAAGUACAAUGUCUCUUUUGACUACUACUACUUCCUUAUUGUUAUGAUGAUCUCCUACAUACCAUUAUUUCCACAGCUGUAUCUUCACAUGUUUCGCCAGAGAAGAAGGGUGCUACACGGGGAAGUGAUUGUAGAAAAGGAGGAUUAACCCAGCUGCAUAAUCCUAAUCCUAUUCCAAAGAUGACAAGAAUAAGCAUCACAAAAUUAUGAGAUUAAAACCCUGAAUGAAUACAUGGAGCAAUAACAAAAGCAGAACACAAGUGACCUUUGACUGGAUCUGUCUUGUACAGUUUUGUUUUGGAUUGCAGGUACAAAAUGUAAAAGUUAAUGAUGAAGGCUUUUCGAAUGGACACAUCCUGUGACAUUUCCAUUGUUAUGACUACUUCUGAAGACACAGCAUAUACUACAACUUAAAUGAUAUUAUAAUACAGGCAAGAUGAGUCGAAGUAUAUUUUCUGCUCUUAAAAGAACAGUACAAUCAGAAUAAAACUUCACUGAAUGGGACGAUCA